AUGCUAAAUAUAUUCAGUUCCACCAAAGAUAUUACUAAGGGCGUGCGAUUAGCAGCCGAUACCGCGUUUUGGGUUGGGAAUGCUGUCUCGCGGCGUGCAAAAGGACGCAAGACAGGUAUUUGUCUCGUCUGCAAUAACCUACAGCCUUACGGGCACGAAGAUACAUUCGGUCGACCCAGCACCGCAUGGGAUCAGCUUAGAGACCCCCAGCGGGCUACUCGCAAAAAGGAGCUUGGCUCCGUUCCUACUCUUGUGCUAGAAAAGAUAUCAACGAAGAAGAUUUUAGAGAGUCGUGAAGUCGAUCCCCAGACUGGUCGUCCUAAGAACGAUUGCAAGUACUGUCGACUCCUCUGCGAAAUAUUUGACGCGUAUUUCAUCGACAAGUGGAUGAGCUGGAUUACGGAGACCAAAAAUGCUAUGCCGAUACAGGUCGGUCUUAUGAUCAGAGAGGGGACACCUUUGAUAAUUAACUGCUGGAACUUCACGUACGACAAAUGGUUUCAGAAUCCGAGGGUAGAUCUGGAGUUGUACAUGGACCCUAUGCCUCCAUCUCCUAUACCGGGAGCCCCUGCAAUGGGGCCAGUAGGUUUUCGUGCAGCAGAUGUCCGGUCUGAGGAAUGCAUAAGGUUUAUGAAGGAAAGCAUUGAUGAAUGCUGCAGAGAGCAUCCUGGGUGUGCCACGCACCCCAAUGGCUUUAUUCCAACAAGGUUAAUAUACGUUGGUGAAGGGAAGAACGCGCUCAGACUCUGCGAUAAUAUUCCAUCAGGGGGGGAUAUUACGUGGGCAGCGUUAAGUCAUUGUUGGGGUGGUGGCAAGCCACUAUCAUUGACAAAGUCGGUUCUGAGUAGCCUGAAAGAGCGCAUUGAUUUCUCAGAGUUACCGCCUACAUUUCAGGAUGCAAUCACUGUUACUCAAAAGCUUGGAUUAGCAUAUGUUUGGAUAGAUUCCCUUUGUAUUGUCCAAGACGACAAGACAGAUUGGGAGAAGGAGGCAGCUCUCAUGGGCGAGGUAUACAGCCGCGCGUUUAUUGUUAUCAGUGGUGCCUCUUCACCCAAUCCUAGUACGCCAUACUUACGGCCUCGAGAAGAAGAAUGGCUUCCGAAGCAAUUCAAUUUUCCUAUCGCACCCGGUGCUAAUAUACCAAUCAUGGUCCGGCAGCGACAUCUCCUAGCAGCGCCACUUGACCAGGGGUUACUCGAACCGCCUUUCACGGGUUCAUGGGCCACGUUGAAGAAAGUUGGUCCCCUUUAUGCGCGGGGAUGGUGCUUUCAGGAAUCGUUCCUCGCGCCACGAAUCCUCAACUUCGCUCCAGGUGCUAUCAUAUACGAAUGUCAGACGCAUCGGAAGAGCGAGGAUCAACUACCUCCUUAUCCGUCUACAGUCCCUGGCUCAUUAGGCGAAGUAACCCCCUUGGAACAGUGGCACAUGAUUGUCAAAUCAUACACGUCGCGCCAAUUAACAUUCACCAGUGAUAAGCUCCCGGCUAUAGCCGGCGCUGCUACUAUCAUGCCGCAGGUGAAGACCAGCAAAUAUCUUGCUGGCCUAUGGAGCGAGUCUCUGCUUUUAGAUCUUCUUGUACGUACUUCCAAGAACUUCCCAACAAAAUAG